CUUAGCGACGACAUGAAGCUAAUAACACUACAAGAAGACCAACAAAUGGCAUUAUUAUAUGAUUAUUAAUUCUUUAAAAUUUGGAAAGAUAUAAGAAGCAUAUGUCAGUCUAAUUGCCUACAUCGUUUAUACUACCUACUUUGCCUACAUCAAUGAUGUCAUCAUUUUUACUAGAUCUAGAUCUACAUCGUUCUGACCACAGCUAAUACCCAGGCCAGGCAUUCAUCUCAUUUUCAUGAGAUGAUUCUUAGUUGCUUUGCGACUGAAGGAGGCCAUAGAAUAGGCUUCUACAAAUGAUAUUAUCAAUGAUGAUCUACUAAUAAAAUUGUUUCUCAACAUGGCUAAAGUUGAAGGGUAUACAGAUCAACAUAUUUCUAAACAUAUCCUUCAUAAGCUAGCUUCACAUGACUUUGAAAAGGAUACCUGGUAUGAUGUCCCUGAUCCAAAGAAGAAAGCUGUUAGCAUAAUGGAUGAGUGUGGAGACUCAGUGAAGGCUGUAACCCAAAUAGCAGAAAACAUAGAUGCAGAUCCUUAUAGUGAAGAUGAGGCUGAGCUACGUUUCCUGUUUUCAAAGCCCACAUGUUUUAUCAUCUUGGGGAAGCCUGGCUCAGGAAAGACCAAAUUAGCAAAAAGACUAGCUCAUGAGUGGAACUGUGAGCUCAUUAAUUCCACAGAAAUCAUUCAGCAGAAUAUGAUAAUGCAAACGGACAUUGGUAAAAAAUCACAGGAAUUACUAUUUCAAGGACAAGCUGUUACAGAUGAAAUGGUUUUGAAAAUGAUAAUUGACAAAGUGAACUCUCCUGAAGUUGCUCAUCAUGGCUAUGUACUUGAUGACUUGCCAUGCAUUUCGGAGGAGCUGUUAUCUGUUAGAGAUCAAAUUGAAAUGAUAAAAAACUGGAAAUUAACUCCUGACUUUAUAAUUAACAUUAGGAUUCCAGACAAAGAUAUUGAAACACGCAGGGUUGGCCAGAAGCUUGAUCCACAAAAUGGAGAACUGUAUCCUAAAGAAAUAUAUGCUCCAGAAAAGAAAUUUAUUGCUGAACCAGUCAGGGACAACAUGAAUGAGGAAGAAGAAGCAGAAGAAGAAGAAUUUGAAGAAGAGGAAGAGGAAACAGAUGAUAACAGAGAGCUUGCAGUAGACAUCUUACAAAGGCUAGUCAGAAGACCUGAAGACUUCCCACAAAAUGUGGCUGACAAUAUUAGCAAAUAUAGAAACAUCAUAUUAAAAAUGAUUGAGGAGUAUAUGGCAGAUCACGAUCAGCAAUACCUGGUUGAAUUAGAUGGAAAUGAAUCACAAAUGACAAUUUUUAAGCAACUGAUGCAGAAGCUCCAAACAUUUCCAUUGCGACCAGCUGCUGUUGUCAGGAGGUUGUUAGAUUCAGAAGAGGAAGAUACCCCAGAGGACAUAGAAGCUGAAGAACUCAUGAGGACUUUGACGUCUAAGCAAAUGAUAGCACCUUGGUACCGGUGGCGACGAAGCAAAUGGAUGAGUUAUUGCCCUGUCUCUCUUUGGGAAGGAAAUUUAGUACAGGGAAAACCUGAUUAUGCAGUCAGUUUUUUGGACAAAGUGUAUGUACUUUCAUCGGAGGAGGCAAUGCAAUCAUUUAUAAGGAAUCCAAGACCGUAUCUUUUACCUCCUCAACCAAGGCCUCCCUGUAAACUCUCUGUCAUUGGGUGUCCUUUUUCAGGAAAGACAACUCUGUGUAAUUUGUUAGCUCAGAGAUAUGGUGCAAAAGUUUUUGAUAUAGAUACAAUCAGUGAAGCCAAACAUCAAGAAGAGAAACACAGAUAUUUGGAACAAAUCAAAGAAGAAGCAACAGAAAAAGCCAUUCAAAAAGUAAAAGCAAUACUGAAAGAAAAAAUGGAAGCUGAAGCUGCAGCCAAAGAAAAAGAAAGAAAAGCACGGUUCGCUAUGGAAGCAGCAAAAAAAGAAUUGGAAUUGAAGCAAAGAAAAGAAAGUUCAUUUACAGAAAUUGCAGAAGAUGAAGACGAAGAUGAUUCCAAUAAUGAUGACCAGAGUGAUGAAGUUAUUAAAGUUGAAGAAGUUGGUGAUAAUACAUCAGAUCAUAUUACUCCAAUUAGAUCAAGUGAGACUAUGGAAGAUAUUUCUGAUGACAUUCUACAAUCUAUCCCUGAACCAAUUGUUGAUGAGAAUCAUCCAGAUGUCAUUGCAUUGGUCAAGCUUGCUUUGGCAGAUGCUGAAACCUUUGAAGUUACAUUGACACCAGAUGCACAAGCUGAAGUCUUAGAAACUUCUGUUAAGGAAUGGGAAAAAGAAUUGAGAAACAACAAACCUGAUGGUCCUCUAUAUGGCUCUUGGAUUCUUGACAACUUUCCUAAAAAUAAAGAUCAGUGGAAUGCUUGUGUUGAAAGAAAUCUUCUUCCAGAUGAGGUCAUAGUCCUUGGGGAUAAAAUUUCAGGAGAUCAAAUUUCUAAUAAAAGUGAGAUCAUACUCUUGACUACUGAAAGAUUUUGUAUGAAAAAUAAGGAAUGGAUUUUGCAGCAAAUGCAGCGUCGUGAAAAUGAGAGAGCUUUGAAAGAGCAACUAGCUAGAGAAGAGGAGGAAAAGAUAAAGCAAAUGAAAGAGGAACAAUUUAGACUAGCCAAAGAAAUGGAAGAACAAAGGCUGCAACUGCUCAUACAAAAAGCUGCAAUGGAAGAAGCUGCUGCUGAAAAAGAAAGAGAAGAAAGAUUUGCUGCUUUACAGCUGAAUCAAGUGUUAUGGGAUACAUUGGCUGGAGAGAUUCAGACUCAUAAGUCUUUUACUGACAUGGGCAUGGAGCAACCAAGAGGACCUAGUUUUAUAACUAUACUGGCUGAAGAAUUUCAUGAUUAUUCUGAGCUCUUUGCAACCAUUGAGUCUUUGAAAGAAAGACCAAGUAAAGAUGAAGGGACUGUAAAAGAUCCAGAACCAGAGCCUACAGUGGUUACUCAAAGUGAUGAUUUAAAAACUAAACAACAGACAGAAGAAACAGAGGACGUAGAAUCAUCUGUAAGUGGGGAGUCUGAAUUACAGAUGCUGAUGGCUCAGCCUGAGGCUCUAGCAUUCAAACAAAAUCUUGGGGAUUUUGACAAAGACUUAACCAAUCUUUUGGCAGCAAUAACUACGUCCACUCCUAUUGAGCCUUUUAAAGUAGAUAUAUCUGAACAUACUCCAGAGACAACUUUAGAUAUGGUGCUUCAAUAUAUUGAGAGAAUAUUCAAGUAUAAAGCUUCAGAGUUUGGCACUCAAGACAUGGAAGAAGAAGAAGAAGAUCAAGAAGCAUACGCAGGAGAAGAAGAGAAUGAAGAGGAAGGGGAAGAAGAAGGGGAGGAAGAAGAACAAACUAACAAAAAAAGGCUGAUGGGUGAUUCUAAAAAUUUUGACCCUGUCAAGCUGAAAGAAACAGAUAUUCUGUUUCCUGGAAAUCCUGAGUUGGCAGCAGUUUAUCGAGAAAGAGUUUACUAUUUCGCUUCACCUGAGACUAAAGAUGCAUUUUUGGAAAAGCCUUCGGAUUAUGUUGCUCAAACUGGACCACUGAAAAUCCCUCCUAUCAGACUUAUUAUUUUAGGACCUACAGGAUCAGGGAAAACAUUACAUGGAAGAUAUUUAGCUGAAAAAUUAGGGAUUUUCCACAUUUCCUUCAGAGAAAGACUACAAGAACUAAUCAUUGCGAAAACUAAGAAGAAAAUUGGUCCUGAGUAUGUGAUGGAGGAGGACACUAUCAGUGAUGAUGAUGAAGAUUUUUUUGAGGAAUCAGUGGGUAGCAGUAUUCUUUUAACUCAUACAAGAUCAGAUUUCAAACAUAAAUCCUCAUCACGAACAACGGGUUCAGAUAAUUCAGAAGAUGAUGAUGAUGAUGUUGAGGAUGUGGAAGAAGAGCUCCAUGCUUGGGAACACAUGAGAUAUGUAGAGGAAGAAAUGGCUAUGCUAGCCACUGCUGAAGGAGAAGGAGAAGAAGAAGAUCUUCACAGCAUGGUGCCAGUAGUUGCACCUAUACAGCCAAUUAAAGAGGUAGAAGAAACAGAAGUAGAUCUUGAAACUGGAGAAGAGGAAAUCAAAAUUGAUGAAGAGGAUAUGACACUCACAGAAGAUGAAGAGGCUAUCAAAGCAUAUUUGGAAGCCAAUGAACCUUUAAGUACUGAACUAUUAGACAGUAUCCUCAAGUACUGGUGGACUUCAGAACCAUUCAAAUCUACUGGGUUUAUCCUGGAGGGUUUCCCAUCUUCAACAGAUGAAGUUAAAUACAUGCAAGAAUCAGGUUUUGUUCCUGAUGCUGUCAUCUUUCUACAGGUCUCAGAAAAUGAUGUCAUUGGUCGUCUUCUGCCUCCAAGAUUAGAUAAAUGGAAGGCAAAAAGAGAAAAAAGAUUGCUUAAGAAAUCUCGUAAAAAGGAGAGAGCUCGUAAGAAAAAGGAGGAAGCCAUUAACAAAAGAAGGGAAGAACUGCUGGCAGAAAAAGAAGAAAAAAAAAAGAUGAAAAGAUUUACUGGUUCAGACUUUUCUAAAGAUGAAGAAGAAGAAGAAGAAGAAGAUGGUGGUGAGGAGGAAGAGGAAGAAGAAGAGGAGGAAGAUGAUAUUGAAAAUAUUCUUGCAGAAGAAUUUGAAGAGGAAGAAGAGGAGGAAGAAGAAGAGGAGGAAUUAGAAGAAGAUGCAAUUGAGAGAAUGAAGAAUGAAUUAAAUGAAAUUUUUGAUGAUGAUACAAAUCGUCUAACUGCUGUUGAGGAAGCACUUGCAGAAAUUAUGAUUCCUCAUGUGAAUGUGACAGCAGGACGUAAACCUCACAUCAUACGUUAUAUACUCAACAAGAAGCUGAAGCCAUAUGUAGAGUUUAGAAAGAGCCUCUAUGAACGUGUAUACCUCAUCAGUGAAAGUUUAGCCCAAAAAAUGCUUCAAAUGGGAUAUAAAUAUAUAAGUAGAUUUGGAAAAUGGGAUCCAGUUAAGUUAAAAGAAGGCGACUGCAUCCAACCAACUCUAGGCCCUGAGAUACCCAAGUAUCCCUGCAUUCAUAGAGCCCAUAUCUAUUUCUUUUCAACACAACAUAACAGACAGCUUUUUAUGCAAGACCCAUUAACCUAUUUAAACCAACCAUCUGCAAAACCAGUUGUUCCAAUAAGAAUUGCUGUCAUCGGACCACCUAAAUCUGGAAAAACUACAUUUGCCAAAAGAUUUGUUGACGAUUAUGGAGUCAAAAGACUUUCCAUUGGAGAAGCUAUGAGAAAGAUUUUGGAAACUCAGAAACACACUGAGUUAGCAACAAGCAUGCAAGCCUAUCUGACCAAUGGUCGUGUUGUCCCAGAAACUUUACAGAUCAGAGCCUUAGAUGUUGCUUUAUUAGACAUGACUUGUCAGACUCGAGGCUAUGUCUUAGAUGGCUAUCCCAUGACCCAGAACCAAGUGAAAUUGAUGACAGAACACAGCAUUAUUCCUGUAAGAGUCAUUGAACUUGAACUUGAAAGCAAAGACUGUUUGAUCCGAGGAGUUAAAGACAGAUUAACAUUACCUAGGCCUCAUGUACUUCAUGACAGUGCUCAAAUUUUAGCCAUCAAAUUAUCCUGUUAUCAGAGAGAAUGUGUUGAAGUUCGAAACUGGUAUCAGAAAGAACAUCAGAACUAUUCUAAAAUGAAAGCUGACCAGUCCAAAUGGUGGAUGUGGGACAGAGGUCUUGAGUUGGCUUUACAAAGUAUUAGAAGAAUCCAAGACUAUUUACAGAGAAUAGGAGAUGCUCAAGCUGCAGGAAUUGCAGACUUGUGUAUUACACCUUCUGAGUUCAAUCAACGAGUUGGUGUUUAUGGUCAAUACUGUCCAGUUAGUUUGGCAGAACGAGGUGAAUUGAUUGACUGCUCUAAUACUACAACAUUUGAAUUUGCUGCUGAAUUUAGAGGCAAAUAUUACAAGAUGGCUGGAAAGAAAGAGCUUGAAAUGUUCCUAGCUGAGCCUGAAAAGUAUGUCCCUCCCCUAGCUCCUAGACAGUUACCUGAACCAGAGUUACUUCCUCACAGAAUUACAAAAGCUGAACUGAAUGGAAGAGAGGCCCAGAUACUUGGAUAUUGUCCAGUAACUUAUCUUGAUGGAAAGAUGAGAUAUGAUGCUCUGGUUCCAGGAAGUCAAGAAUUCAUGGCUGAAUAUAAAGGCAAUGUUUUCCUGAUGGAAAGUGAAGAAAAACUUUACAAAUUUAUGAAAUUACCAGAAAAUUAUGCCAACAUGAAGUUACCACACAAACAACCUCCAAAACCAGAAGAGCUACCUUUUGCAAGCCUUCCUAUGUUAGGCUUUAUGGAACAAACCUGUGCUAUUGCCAUGGUUAAGGCUCUAACAGCUGCUGGAAAUGUGAAACCUAAGUACCCCUUCAUUUCUUCAACACGCUCAGCACUUAUCUAUGUAGCUUAUCACUUGAAAGCAUUCAAUCCCAAAUCCUCUCCGUACAUUCGCAAAAAGUACAAGCAGAAACUUCAGCAGUUUGUAGAGACAUGUGAGCUGAUUAAAUACCUGGGGAACAACAUGACUGUCCGCUACAGAGAUCCCAAUGAAAGACCAAAAGAGUUUGACUCCAAGCUGGAGACAUUUUUUGCUUUACGAGGAGUGGAGCCCACGCCAACAUGGAUCAAAUGAAAUUUGUUUCAAGUGAACGGAACUGGAAUGAUAUUUUGUCAUUUCUUGUGAUUUUUGUUCUGUAAUGUUUCUGCUAUUGUUUAAUUUACAUCCAUUUCUUUUCAUAGAAAGUGGGGAUACAGAAAAUAUUUGAUGAGAAAUUGAAUCUCUGUGUACAACUUUCUAUGAUGCAGUAUUGAAAAUAGAUUCCUGAAAAUAAAUACAUAUAUUCAUGUGAGCAGAAUGGUCCAGUAAAAGUACAAAUUACAGCUUUUCAGCCUAAAUUUUGUUACUUUUCAACUGAAUUUAAGUAACAAAAGCUUUUUUUUUUUCUGAGGUAUCUAGCUUUUUAAUCAAUGCAUUUUUUAAAUAUUUAAAUUAGUUUUACUCAAAUUAAUUAUUGAUAGGGUUUAAUUUUUAAUUUACUGAAAUAUGGGAACUGAAAUAUGUAUUGAAUGUUUUAUUAUUUAUUUGAUACCUUAUAAAUUUUACAAGAGGCUAUGAGCAGUGUAUAUAUCAUAUUAUAAAUUUAUACAGUGAAGUGAUACUAAUGUUUAUAUUUGUUCUAUCUUUUAUUAUUUGUUUUAAAAUACAACUUUUCAUUAUCACAUUAUGAUAACAGAAGAAACAAUACUUCUACCAUUAAGGCCAAUAUUUGUAUAAGGUGAAAUUGAAAUUCAAAAUAAAAAGAAAGGUCAAG